AUGGAAAGGUGGAAAAACCGUGUUGCCCUGGUGACCGGAGCGUCAAGAGGUAUCGGGGCGGCAAUCACCGAGGUCUUGGUUCAGUCUGGGAUGAUUGUUGUGGGAGUGGCCAGAGAUAUCGUUCAGCUCGAGCAAAUGUCUGUAGACUUCAAGGUGGCAAGCCUGCCAGGAAGCUUGGUUCCUAUGAAGUGUGACAUCAGCCAGCCGGAAAACAUUAAACAACUGCUGACCACCAUAAGGGCAGAUCCGGACAUGGAAGGCAUUGAUGUUCUAGUCAACAACGCGGCAAUCGCUUACGCCGAGCCCAUUCUAACUGGAACUCCCAGUGUCUGGAAAACUAUGAUUGAGACAAAUCUGCUGGCCCCGGCAAUUCUUACACAAGAAGCCGUCAAGUCUAUGAAGGAGAAAGAAGUGGACGAUGGUCACAUCAUUUUCAUUAACAGUUUAGCUGGACAUCGAUUGCUACCAGGCAAUAAGGAUCUCCAUAUGUACAGUGCCACAAAGUUUGCUGUGAGGGCUAUCUUAGAAGGGGUCCGUUACGAGCUGCGUCAGAUGGAGUCUGGUAUCCGAGUCUCGGCUGUUAGUCCAGGAGUUGUAGAAACUGACAUUUUUGUGAAGUUAUUCGACAAUGACGAUGAGAGAGCCAAGAAGUUCCUGUCCGAAAGAAAGUACCUGGAGGCUCAAGACAUAGCCCAGGCUGUGAAGUACAUUAUUAGUCAACCUCCUCAUGUACAG